AUGACCUGCGUGUCUUCACUACGUGAAGAACUACUGCUGCUAAACACUGUUAGCGUCUUCCACCAAUUCAAUGAUGGACACCAGAUUGUUCUCGUCGGGGCUGGGAGGUGGUUUCUCCCUAGCAUAGGCCUCGUUCUGGACGAUAUCAACUGGACUGUGAUUUCAUCAUCUUCAACGAAUUCCGAGUACAAAAGCGUGGUCCGAAACCACUACAAGUUGGAAGUGGCAUCUGUCGCACAAGAUCAAGCUCAAGAACAGAGAACGAUACUCGGCUUGGUCGGUAACCGGAUGCGAAUCAUCACUCAGGCUAUGCAAGAUUUAUUACUUAGACAAGGAGAGAGAGCAGCUAAACGUUCUCAAGAUAACAUUGAAGAAUGA